CGUCCACCCUCUUCCGAUCUAUAAAUGAACCCGAGCCUGGUUCAGGAAUCACGUUGUGGCAGGCUUUCAGUGGAAUGUAGAUCCAUGACCCACUGAAUCGACUCUCCAACCCUUCGCCCCCUAAACACAGAUUGUCUGGACCAUGCGUCGGGUUACAGUUGUCAUAUGCUCCCUUUUGUUUUCGUCCUACAAGACCUUCCCUUCAAGUUGAACUCAAUUGAACAGGGGGGUCAAGUGAUGCGGUUGUGUUCAUUCUCUUUGCGACACCCAUUGGCUCUGCCUUUAUCUAGGGUCGAUUUGGAUAGAUCCCCGCCUUCCAGGAUCGAGUCUUCUCUCCUUCCAAUCUCCCUCAGGUCGUCAUGGAGCAGCAACCAUUGUUGUCAUGCGCAUACCCAGCUUCAUCUUCAUUUCGUACCCUCAAAUCCGAGUGCCAGGAUUGUUUAUGUUCUUUCUGCAUUAUACUCCUCGGGCCAUGCAUGUCCCAGGUUGGGAGUUGCAAUUGUCGCUGUCGUUGCGCCUCCAUUUCGUACCCUCGGAUUUGCUUGUCAGAACUAUAGGCAAGGUGUGGGUGAUUGGUGGUGA